ACAAAAUAGUAAUAUGUGUUCACCAUGGCCUCUGCUGAAGCUGUGUUCAUCAUCUCGCUGCAAUGGGGUGCCGGCUGUGAUGAAUCUACAAGCUGUGAGGAAGAGGAGGAUGAGGAGGACGAAGAGGAGGAGAACACAUUCCAAGGAACAAAUGUUAGUCCAGAGGAUCAGAAGGAAAUUGUUGACAAACUCAACGAAAUCAGGAGAAAUGUGAAGCCAUCUGCAACAAAUAUGCUGAAAGUGAUAUGGAAUGAGACAAUGGCUGAAAGUGCUAAAAAGUGGGCCGAUGAAUGUAAACUAACUGUCAGCCCUGAUGCAAAUCGACGUUUCAACAGAAUGAUGUGCAGCGAGAAUAUAUUCUAUACAAAUUUCCCCAGCACCUGGACUAAUGCUAUCGAAGCAUGGGAGAAAAGAAAAGCUUAUUUCAACUAUGGUGUUGGAGCAACUGACACAUCGCGAAGCAUUGCUAGCUAUACUCAGCUUAUUUGGUAUAAUUCAUACCAAGUUGGGUGUGGAAUUGCAUAUUGCCCGGGUGACAUAUCGUAUUUCUACUACGUCUGCCAAUAUUGUCCUCCAGCAAAUCGAGAAGACUUGCUAGCUAGACCUUACAAAAAAGGCCCAUCUUGCAACGACUGCCCCAAUGCCUGUGAGAAUAAGCUCUGCACAAACCCCUGCCUGUAUAGGGAUACUACCAAAAACUGCAGAGAAUUAAAGCAAUUGUACAGCUGUAAAAUUAGAUUGUUAAGAAGAAACUGUAAAGCCACUUGUAGGUGCAAAACAGAAAUUAUAUAAUAUAUACAUGAACAUCACAAGAUUGAUCCUCAGACAGCUGUUGUCGAUGGAAGAGGCUCAGCAUUAAAAGGAAACUCGCAAUUUCCACCCUAAAACUGGUCAAAAUUUAGCUUUUCAUUUAUUUGUGUCAAAAAGAAGAGUUUCUAAGGCAUAUUUGCAAAGAGGGCACGAUAUAUUUGCCAAAUCGUGGGUUGGAUCGAAUGCAGAAUUUCUGCUUGCUCUAGAGCUCUUGCGCCAGUGGAGACGCAAGAAAAAUACCACAGUAGCUGCUUGUGCCAAGUCAAACUUCAUGUAUCCCCACUUGCAUUUCUGCUGGUGCAUGACACUGUGCGACUAACUUCUGGUCAAUAUUAUAAAGUGCCAAGUGUUGCACAAGAACUUGUGCUAGCAGAACUGCUGCUAGUCAGUUUGUUGUUACUUGCACAUCGCUGGAUCCAAGCCUCUGUGUCCUCUUUGUCCUUCUUUAUCUAUUCUUUGAUUUUGUUACUGCAGAGUGAGGCAUUUAAAUUUUGCAAAAUGUUCACCAUUCCCCUUCCUGCCAACCCUGCCCCCUGACUUCUCCUUAGAUUUUAAUUCUGGGUAAACAGCAUUAAAAGUAUAUUCUUUAGUUUCUGUUGUUCAGAAAUGUUCUGUAGAUGCUCAGUGAUAUAUCGGUUGCAAAGUGAAUUGUAAUGGGGGCAGCUAAAAAGAAUAUGGGCAAUUGAAUCGACUUGAUUCUUACAAUGAGUGCAAUAACAUUUUCUUGGGGGAAUUCUACUAAAACGGUCCUUUAUUUCGGCAGAAGAUAAUGCAUUGCAUCUAAGUAAAUUGAAGAGCAUUGAUAUUUUUGGAACUGUUAAGUAAAAGAAAUAUUUACCCAGUUCAAACAUAAAUUAAAAAGUGUACACGUGACCUAGCCAUAUUUAUCUAUGGAGCUAUACAUCACUUAUAAAAUAUGUUGACGUAUGGCUUGUAGGCUAUUAAGUUACAGAGAAAGGAAAGGAAAGGUGUGUUCUAUGCCAUAUGUUAAUCCUGAGUAUUGCUCAGUAAAGAUAAUAAUUUUAUCAUUUCCUCAGACUGUACAUUAAUUGUAUGUAGGUUGUGAUCUAUCUUUGUUUAGUUCCAAGUCUAACAGUCUCACUGAAUUAAAAAAAAAAGCCUUAGAAGAUGCGGCAAGAAACUUUUUCACUCUCUAAUGGACAUUCAUUAUUAACUUUCAUUUAUUUGCCUCAGAGAUUUUGUUGAUGGUAAAAGUCAUCUUGCAAAAUAAAUACAUCCUUUGCCUUUA